UAAACAAAACAAACUAUGAAUUACUUUUAAAAAAAGUGAAAAAAACCUUCCUUAUUUAAAUGUUAAUACUGCCUAAUCUUUGAAAGAUUUUAUUUAACACAGAAAAUUAAGUUAAUUUAUAAAACAACUUCCAAUGCAGCCUUUUAUUGUAAUACGCAAUUACCGGGAUGAUGAUGAACUUAAAUGCCAGGAGCUGGUGCGUGAUUACAUUAUGUCAUUUGCCACAAAAUCAUUUAUUUGCUUUUGCUUUCGAGAGAUAACAUUGCAGUUUAUUGUAAUAACAUGGGCUAUUUUGUUUAUAUUUUUGGGUGUUCCUUUAACAUUUUGCUCCUUAACUAUACCUGGUUGUAUAUUUUUCUUAUUUUCUGGAACAUAUUUUUCUUUCUAUGCAAAAGCCGUGGAGUUAAUGAGGACCAAACCUAAUCAGUCUUUGGUGGCUGAAUGUUAUGAACCUUUUAUAUUUCGUUUAAAGCCAACGGAGUGUACAUAUCAAAUAUUUUUGGAUGAUGCUCCCUAUGAGCAGAGCUUUAAAAAUAAGUUCCGUAAAAAGAUAAUAGCUUGUGUUAGUGUUAAAAAUCAUAAAGAUGUCUAUAAUGCGGCUUGGAUUUAUAGAUUUGCUGUAGCUCCCGGUUAUCCCUUACAAAAGAUAGCCGAGCCUAUGAUUAGUUUAGUUUCCAAGAAUUGUGUUCAACAGGGUUAUGGUUCUUUGGAGUGUACCAUGUCUGAAUGGCAAGAAGAAGAGCGCGAUUUUUAUGAUGGAUUAGGCUUUCUGACAAGACAAAUUUACCACAAACAAAUUAUUGGCAGCAGUUUAACCGUUAUGAAAACUCAACUAACUUAUGACUUAAAAACUGAUGAUACUUUACAAAAACAAAACUAAUUUAGUGAAGUCUUAAGUAAUUAUCUAUGUUUUAAAAAGAGCCAGCUAAAGUAUACAGCACGAAUUUAUAGAAUCUCACUUCUACACAUUCCAUUUUUUAAAUAAGAUUUACACAGACUAAACAAUAUACUCACUAUUUUGCUAUUGUAGAAGUUUACAUACAAUGCUAGAAAACAACAGAAACAACAAAAUUACCAUGAUAUCUUCCUUUUGAAUAAAUAGUUUUUAUACCUAAAAUAGUAUAUAAA